CUUCCACCUUGUCUAACCUGCAUUGGGUGACACAGUUUCACAACAGACUUGAACUUGCAACCUCUGACAUGGGAGGUGGGCAAGGAGGCUAAACCCCAUAGGUGCUAGUGUUUGUCCCUUCUAUGAUGUGUGUGUGUGUGUGUGUGUGUGGGGUCCUCAUGAAUAUGACCUUCAGCCUCAGCACCUUAUAUGCAGUUUUCAAGGACUUUCAAUGGCUUCAGAACAUCAAUGGAAAUUCCCAAAGUUUGUUCUGAAUUUUAAAUGAACUGUCGGUCACUGAAAUGUUUCUAGGGUGGAAUGUGUGAUGUAUCGUAUGGGAGCAGAAUGCAAGAUAGAGCAGAAUGAGACUGAUAAUGCUUGCUGUGUCUUCACAGUAAUAAAAGACAGACCUCCCCUGCCUCCAAGUCGUGCACAGGCUGUUCUGGUAAAGAGCCUGCCAACCAACUACACCUACAGACAGUCUAUUAUCAACCUUUUCAAGAACAAGUCUUUCAUUCUACUGGUUAUCAGCUAUGGGAUUAUGACAGGAUCUUUUUACUCGGUUUCCACACUGCUCAAUCAGAUUAUCAUAUUCUAUUUCAAGAAUGAAGAGAUGAAUGCUGGUAGGAUUGGACUAACCCUGGUUUUGGCUGGGAUGGUGGGCUCAGUCAUUUGUGGGGUUUGGCUGGAUUACACUAAAACAUAUAAAAUGACCACAUUGAUUGUCUACAUCCUGUCCUUCAUCGGAAUGCUAAUGUUUACAUUUACACUGGGCACGGGAUAUCUAUGGGUGGUGUUUUUCACUGCAGGAGUUCUAGGAUUUUUCAUGACAGGAUAUUUGCCUAUCGGAUUUGAGUUUGGGGUUGAGAUCACAUACCCAGAAUCAGAGGCGACAUCAUCUGGUCUUCUAAAUGCAUUUGCCCAAAUAUUUGGGAUCCUUUUUACCCUUAUUCAGGGAAGACUCAGCACAACCUACAGUCCUCUGGUUGGAAACAUCUUCCUCUGUGUUUGGAUUUUUGUUGGCAUCAUUCUAACAGCCUUAAUAAAAUCUGAACUGAAAAGACACAAUGUGAAUAUUUGCAGUGGGCACCUGACUCAUCAAGCAGUCCCCAGUGAAUGUCCAUCUGACAAAGCCUCCAGCAGCAUCAAACUAGAUUGUCCUCCAGCAUUUCUUCAUGAGACUUCACUAUAAUUGUCCAUAUAUUCAUGUGCUCUUAACUCUUUUUGCUGUAAAUUGUCUCUAGCAGACGUUUACUUUGAGACAGUGAAAUAUAUUUGUUUACACAUGAAACAAGCUUUAUUCUCCUCAUAAUACUCUUGCGCUCCAUAUCAUGAUGUCAUGAAUAUCUUCAUGAGAUAGUAUAUCUGUAUCCCCUAAAAGAAUAAACUCACAAUACUACAAAAAAAAA